AUGUUCAGAUUCCACAUACGAACUCGUUCCUUGGAUUCUACAAUUCCGGCUAGUUCGCCGAAACCAAUAGUGGGAACUCCAAGAUCCAGCAAUGGAGACUCUCCAAGAACUAAGGUGGGAGAGGUGGACACCAGCGCUCCAUUUCAAUCUGUCAAGGCCGCGGUUAGCUUAUUCGGGGAUGCUGCAACCUCGCCUAUGUCCAACAACGACAACAACAAUAAGAAACAGCCCCUUCAAUCUAGAAAGCCAAAAAAAUCCUCUACUGCUGAUGAGAGAGUGGUCGAGAAAGAAUCCGCUCUUCACUUGGCCCUCAAGCAACUAGAGGACUUCAGGCCACGACUCAAAUGCACAGAAACCACAAAAGCUCAAGCUUUCCGAGAAUGGGAGAAAGCUAACAGAACGCUACAGGAACUAACAAACAAGCUCGAAAUCAUUAGUGAAUCCAAGCAAGCAGCUAUUGAGGAAACAAAAGCUGCAAAGCAAAGAGCCAAGGAGCUCGAGGAACACAAAUCCAGCAGACAACACCUUGGCAUUGAUGCUUGGAAACAGAUGUCGAUAGCGAAAGAGAACUAUACAAGGCCUCCGCUGCUAAGCUCAUUUCUGCUAAACAAGAGCUUACAACCCUCUGACAGGAUUUUGAUCGAGUCCUCGAAGCAAAACUGGCUGCAUUUCAAGAGGCUGCGGACGCCCAGCACCUCACCCAAAGAAUCAGAUAUGUCCUCUCUGAAAAUUGCCAUAGCAGAGCUUGAUGAUGCUACAAGGAAACUGCGAGAAAUUGUGCAGGAACAAAACUUACAGAGAAGCUCAGUAGAUUUCCUUAAGGAGGAGCUUGAUAAUGUCAAGAGGGACCAUUCUAAAUUGAAGGACAAGGCAUCGGAAGCAGAAUUAACAACUGAAACUUUGCAAAGUGAAUUGGAGAGAUAUAAAGCACAGCUCGACACAGCUCUUGCAGGAGAUCCCCAAGGAGAGUACGAUGAUAUGCGCUUAAAACUCCAGCAGCUGGUGUCGGAGGCUGAAAAUGCUAGAUAG